GAUUGCCGCGGCCGGCUUGCGCUAGGCCCACUGAUUGGCUUGGCAGCAGCGCGCCGCGGCAGCAGAGGAGAGGGACUGAGGGAGCGAGCGCUGGACAUGGCGUCACUGUCUGUCGCCGCCGUGGCGGCAACCACGGCGAGGCCAAGCAGCAGCGGUGGGAGAGGGCGCCGUCGUCUCAGGGUCGCCUCCAUGGCCACCCAGAAGGGGCAGAAGCCGACGACGGCCAAGACCGUGUCCGGCACGACGAGAAGAUCGAGAGAGAGCGGCGUGUGGUGCCAGCAGGGCACGACGACGACGACGGUGUUCCCGGUGGGCGAGCCGGGCCCGCGGGCGGCGGGGACGACGACGACGAAGAAGGCGGCGCCGGCGGUGAAGCUGCUGACGAACGUGGAGAAGCUGCGGCUGCUGACGAAGGCGGAGCGCGCGGGCCUGCUGUCGGCGGCGGAGCGCGCGGGGCUGUCGCUGUCGGCGGUGGAGCGGCUGGGCCUGCUGUCCAAGGCGGAGGAGCUGGGCGCGCUGUCGGCGGCCACGGACCCGGGCACGCCGGGGAACCUGCUGGCGCUCGCGCUCCCGCUGCUGGCCGCGGGCCCCGCCGUCGUGUACCUCGUCCCCGAGGAGCAGGCGUGGCAGGUGGCGCUGCAGGCCGUCGCCGCGCUCGUCUGCGUCGUCGGUGGCGCCGCCGCCGUCGCCGCGUCCACGUUCGUGUCCAGGCUGCAGGGCUCCUCCAGCUGAGACGAUCUCGCACGCGUUUGCAGCCGGAUUAGCAAGGCAUUGCUCUAUGCUUGUAACAUUUUUUUUUUGUGGAUUUGUGUGCUCCUGUGUCAAGAUAAUUGUGAUAUAUAUAUAUAUAUAUAUA